AGCGCAGUUGCUCGCCGAACCCCCAUUGCAUCUAUCAGAUGGUAAAACAAAUAUCCUCUGAUCAGUCCUCGCCGUGCCCCCUUUCUCUCGUUGUUCAUCAUUCUAAAGAGAAGGGCUUGCUAGAUUCGAUCCAUAGCAGCACGUCCCCAACACCCGAAGGGCAAGUUGUAAUUCCCUCCGUGAAUAAGAAUGAUGAGGACACCAUAGAUCAAACUGCACAAGACUACAUCAAGCCUGAGGAGAAAAAAGAGGACUCCACCAAGCCCAUCCAAAUAGACUUAGACUCACUGGAGGAUGUGGCUGAUCCAGAUGCACUAGUCGAUGAAAUAUAUUAUCGUGGGAUAUAUGUUUCAGACCCGGAAGAUGAAGACCUGGAGACUGAAGGCAAUGUUCUUAGCUCUAUACUAAGAGAUAGGGAUCGUGCAUCAAGUAGGGAAGCAAGAUCGAAGGGUUAUGUAAGGCAUGAUGAGAAAAUGAGAGACACUCUUGCUUUCUUUUUGAGAGCUCAUGUUCCAGCCCUUUUCAAGGUCCCAAAAAAGAAAUGAUUAUGUCUUAGAAGUCAAGUAUUUUUUUUCCUCGAAAGGUGUCAUGUUGGAUUUUUAUUUGACAUCUUAUUUGAUGAAAUAAAGAUUUUACAUAUA